GUAUCAUCGCUUCGGCGAUAGUUAAGAAAAUAGUUUCAUACGCUUGUAUCGAAUUCUUCGUAAAGCGACUCGAUAACGAGAAUCUCUCGAGUCGAUACGUUUACCCAAUUACUUGUGUUACCUUAUCGAUAGUUUAACACAAAAAUCACAGAAUGCGUACGAAUUGUACAGAUCGUCACGAAAGCGAAAAUUUAAAUAAACGCGGGCACGCAGACGUUCAGUUUAUAGAUCAACUCGACCUAACCUAAAUGGAAGUAACGCGCAUGGCACAAGAAAUUUUGAAGUGCCCGAAACGUUGUUGGCAUUUUAAAUAUUUUCUAUUUUUCAUUUUUUAAACGUUAUAUCAAGGAUUAGUUUUUAAACGUCGUUGUAUAUCGAUUGAACAUUUAUUUAUUUUCCACCGAGUGUCUUCUUCACAGUGAAUCUUCGAUGAAAAUUUCAGUUUAUGGUUAUGUUCGUUUUUAAUUACCAAAUCGAUUAGUUGUAUUUGAUAAAUUUAUUAUUGAUGCAUUAGUUUAUACAAUGUACGAUUUAACUUUAAUUUUCAAUGCGAAGAAAGGAAAAAGAUGUAAAUACCUUCGAUACUUCAUAAAUCAAUUUUGAUAAUCGAUCGUAAUACGAAUAAACUUUUCCCUCCAAAUUUAUAAACGUGACGACUUUUAAAAAGUACGAUGGAAGGUAAUGUCAUUGAAAAGGGAAUAAUAACGCAAAUUUAUCUUGAAAAUUUUGUAACUUAUAACAAAGUUGUUAUCAAACCUGGAAGAAAUCUGAAUUUAAUCAUUGGUCCUAACGGCACUGGCAAAUCAACAAUUGUAUGUGCAAUAGUACUUGGUUUGGGAGGCAAACCUAAUAUUAUUGGUAGAGCACUACAGGUUAAAGAUUAUGUAAAGAAUGGUUGUAACGAUGCAAAAAUUGAAAUUACAUUGAAGGAGAGCCAAUCCAAAUUUGUUACCAUUACAAGAAUAUUUGAUAGAACGAGCAAAUCUUAUUGGUUAAUAAAUGGACAAUCCGUUAGUUCUACGACUGUACAAAAAUUAACGAAUAGUUUCAAUAUUCAGGUAGACAAUCUGUGUCAGUUUCUUCCGCAAGACAAAGUUCAUGAUUUUUCAAAAAUGAAUGCUCAAGAAUUGUUGGAAAGCACGGAGAGAUCGGUUGGCGAUCCAAUAUUAUUAGAAUACCAUAUCAAAUUAAAGGAAUAUCGAGUUCAGCAUAAGGAUUUAGAAACGCAAUUAGCAAGCGAACAACGUUUGUUAGAAACUAGAACACAAAAAUAUGAACAUUUAAAGGAAAUUGUUAGUACUAUCAAGGAAAAAAAAGCGAUAAAGAACCAAAUUUUAACGUUGAAACAGAAAAAAGCUUGGAUGCAAUAUGAUCAAAAGAGAAAGCAAUUGGUCGAAAUAAAGAAGAAGAGAGACGUAGCAGAAAAUGAAGUAAAAUCGGUACAAACAAAACUCAUACCAUUAAAUGAUGCGAUACGGAAAAUACAAUCGGACAUUAGCACGCAGCAAAACAUAGUAAAUGACUAUAAUUCAAACAAAGUCAUCAAUACAAAGUCUAAAGCCAAGGAGGUAAUGUCCAAAAUAUUUCAGAUUGAAAAUGAAAUUAAAGAGGUCGAAAACGAAUGUUCACGUAAAAUACAAGCGGAACAAAAUCGCGAUCAGGAUAUAAAUCUUGCGCAGCAGCAAAAAAGUAAACUGGACAAUGAUUUAAGUCUAAUGAUUAAGGAUAUUGGUUCAGAAGAAACGAUAGAAAUGAAACAAAAAGAAAUUUUGUCUCUCUUGGAAAAGCAAAAACGUGUUAAUAAUAAUUUGGCGAAUCAGAUAACCAUUUGCAAGCAGGAACACGAACGAAUUGAACGAGAGAUCAGAGCUGCAAAAGAAGAACAAAAAUCCAUUAAUAUCGAAGCUAAGAGAUUGGAACUUUUGAAGCAGAGAAGUCCUGAUGCGUAUAGAGGUGUACUUUGGUUGCGUGAAAAUCAAGAUAAAUUUCGGGGAAAAAUAUAUGAACCCAUGUUAACGUUGAUUAAUGUCAAAGAUGUUACAUAUUCUAAAUAUUUGGAAAGGAUAAUUCCUCUUAGAGAUUUAAUAGCCUUCGUCUGCGAAAAUAAAGAGGAUAUGAACUUAUUAACAAAGUGUUUGAGGGAUCAGCAGAAAUUACAAGUGAAUGUAGUACAUUCUGACCCUAACAGAAAAAUGUACAUGGAUCCGAAUAUACCAUUAAAAAAUAUUAGAAGAUUUGGUUUCGAAUAUUAUCUAGCUUCGCUCUUUGACGCACCACCUGCUAUAAUGAAAUAUUUAAUACCAUCGUAUAAUUUGAAUAAUAUACCAGUUGGAUCACGUGUUGUCGAAGAAAAUGUGGAUAAUGUACCACGUAGUUUAUCCUGUUAUUUUAGUGAAAAUUAUAUAUAUUCUGUGAAUAUGUCCAAGUAUACUGGUCAAAGAUCUAUUAAAAAGAUACAAGUAGCUGGAAACGGGUUAUUAUCAAUAGUACUGGAUACGAGUAAAUUGAAACAAAUGGAAGAAAGAUUAAAUGUUCUUGCGGAAAAAAAGGAAGAAAUCCUGCAUAAGAUGAAAGAAAUCGAAGAAAAGAUGUGUACGGAGAAUAAACAAUUAGAUAUAUAUCGUGAAACUAGAACAAAAUAUCAGCAUAACAUACAGCAAAUCCAAGCUCUAAGAAACAGAAUAUCCAUAGCUAAUAAAAAGAUUGAAAUUUUAGAAAAUGAACGGACGAGUAGAGAAGAAAUUAUAGAGAUGCAUAAUAAAAAGAUUCAGACAAUUGUAUAUAAUCAGUUAGAUAAAUAUAGAGAAUAUAAUUCAUUAUUGAAUGAUUGUUUGAAAUAUGUAACGAUUAACGAACAAGCUAAGUUAAGAUUACGUUUGUAUAAACAACUUUUGAUAAACAGAGAGAAUGAAAUCCAAGAAAUGAAAGAAAAGUUAUCCGAGGCAGAGAAAACGUUUAAAGAAAUUGAAUUCGAUUACAGGCCAUUAAAGCAAGAAGCGAUUAAAGCAUACAACGAAGCAAAAGUUCUUACCAACGAUCUUAGCCCGCAAGACGAGGACUUCAAACCUAUAAACCGAACAUUUGCUAAACUACCGCUUACGAUUGAAGAAAUAGAUAAAGAAAUAGCCGUAGCGCAGACCAAAAUGUUUUGUAUGAAACAAAGUGUUGAUGCCGAAAAUAUAUUCCGGGAAUACGAAGAGGUAAAAAUAGACAUGCAAAAUUUAAGAGAAUCCAUAGAAAGGGAAACAUUACAAUUGGAAUCCAUUACACGAGACACUGUUAGAUUACGAGAGCAAUGGUUACCACCUUUGAAAAGAUUAAUUGAACAAAUAAAUGUGAAUUUUAGUUCACAUUUUUCAGAUAUGAAAUGUGCUGGGGAAGUUACUCUUUUUCAUGGAGAUAAUAUUAUGGACUUCGAUCAGUACGGUUUGAAAAUUCGCGUCAAAUUCCGAGAUACGGAUGAGUUGCAGGAAUUAACAAGGCACCAUCAAAGUGGUGGAGAAAGGUCGUUAACAACUGCAAUUUAUAUGAUUUCUCUUCAAGAAUUAUCUAGAGUACCCUUUCGUUGUGUCGACGAGAUUAAUCAGGGAAUGGAUGCGGUUAACGAAAGAAGAGUUUUUGAACUACUGGUUAAUAUAACAGGAAAGCCAGGUAGUUCUCAAUAUUUUUUACUGACACCGAAAUUAUUGCCUAAUCUCUCAUAUUGUCAAACUGUAACUGUACAUUGUGUGUUUAACGGUCCAUUCAUGAUACCGCAUUCGGAAUUGGAUACAGAGGAGUACUACAGAAAUAUCGCAAAUCGUAGGCGAGAUUAAGCUUAUAUUUUUUUAUAAACUUAAGCAUAUUUACUACAAAUAAUACGUAGUAUAUAAUGUGACUGCAAAUAUACUCAAGAAGUACAAGCCGCGACAUCGAUACUUAGAAAAGUAGAUACGAAGAAGGAUCAAACGAAAUUGGAAGAGAACUUCGUCUAAUUGAACCUUUCGGAAGCAUUCGUGAGAAGCGCAGACGCGAUUCAUGACGAGUUUGACUUGGACAGAAGCGCGUUGGCCGUUCAACGGAAACUAUCGUACAUUUCUAAGUUGCAUGUAACGCGAUAACGUCUCGAUACGCGUCACAAAACUUUUGCGAAGAGCUGUGAUUGUUCUUCUUUUCGGUGAAUGAGAAUAAACAGGAUUCUAUGUGUGAAAUUCUGUGUGUUUGAGCACAACUCGUAAAAUGA